AGAAGAUUGGAAAGAAGACGAAGAAUAACUAACGCUGAUUGUAUUUUAACGCUAGUUCUACUAAGUUAUCUUAAGUAUUCUCAUGGUUAAAUUUUUGUUGUAAAAAAAAGUUAUUAAGAUGUUUUUACAAAUGUUAUCAAAUGUACUAUGUGUUAUUGUUAUAUGUUUGAUUACAAUAUUAGCAGCAAUAUAUUUUGCAAAAUCAAAAGAUGCACCUCCAGGUCCCUAUCCAUGGCCGAUUUUUGGAAAUUUAAAGUUACUAAGAAAAUUAAGUAAAAAAUUCGGUGGACAACAUAUCGCCUUUUUAAAACUAAGCAAAACAUAUAAUAGUGAUGUAAUCAACAUACGUCUAGGUAGUUCAAAUAUAAUUGUAGUUUGUGGAUUAGAAUCUAUACAAAAAAUUUUACGUGAUGAAAAUUAUGAUGCACGUCCUUGGAAUGAAUUCGUAAAAAUUAGAAAUAUGGGUCUAAAAAAAGGUAUUACCAUGGCGGAUGGUUCUGAAUGGAAAAAAAUGCGGGGAUGGUUAGUACGUUCGCUCCGAAAUUUGGGGUUCAGUCGAAAUGAAAUGUCAAAGAAGUUGAAUGAUGAAUUAGAAAUAAUAUUCGAUAAAUUAAAGCUCCAGAAUACGAGACCGUUACACAUCAAGCCUAUAAUAGCGCCAGUAAUUAUUAAUGGAAUUUGGAGUCUUGUGACUGGGAAAAGGAUCCAUGAAGAAAAAAGAUUACUAUACUUCCUCGAUCUCAUGGAGAGGCGAGCCAAAGCAUUCGACAUUGCUGGUGGAAUGUUGUCUAUUUUUCCUUGGAUUCGACACUUUGCUCCUAAGACUUCUGGUUAUGAAUUACUAGUCACUUUAAAUAACGAAUUAAAAAUAUUUCUCAUGGAUACAAUUGAAGAGCACAAGAAAGCAUACGUCAAAGGUAGUGAAAACGACUUGAUAGACAUGUUUUUGACUGAAAUGUACCAAGAAAAUGGACCCGAAGAAGGUUUUACCGAGGAUCAGUUAUUAAUGAUAUUAAUCGAUAUAUUUAUUGCUGGAGUACAGACAACUACAGUUACUUUGGACUUUCUUUUUUUAUAUAUGACUGUCAAUCAAGACGUUCAAUCAAAACUUCAUAAUGAAUUAGACUCUGCCAUUGGAACAAAUAAUCUUCCUCAAUUAUCAGAUAGACCAAUAUUGCCUUUUACGGAAGCUGUAAUAACAGAAUCUCAAAGACUUCGAUUAGUUACUCCAAUAAUUGGACCACGUCGAGCGUUAAAUGAAACAUAUCUUAAUGGAUACAAAAUACCAAAAAAUGCUUGUAUUCUAAUGAAUGUAUAUAGUAUUCAUACAGAUAGUACAUUAUUUGAAAAUCCUCACUUAUUCAACCCGGAGAGAUUCAUACAAGAUAAUGUUUAUACUCCGAGCAAAAAACUUAUUCUGUUUGGUGGUGGUCACCGAAGAUGCCCUGGAGAAACGGUAGCCAGAUCCGCAAUAUUUUUAUUAUUUGCUGGCAUAAUGAAAAAUUAUAAAUUACUCCCAGUAUCCAGUAACGAUUUACCAGAAACUGAUCCACAAUCGGGAUUGACAAUAUCACCAAAGCCAUAUGAAGUUUUGCUUGUCGAAAGAUAA